AUGGAUUCAUGCCCGGAACCUCGACUUAAGACAACUAAAUAUUUUCUAUACAAGUGCGAAAGAAACAUUCUUGGUGUGGAUAUGUUCUUUAUUUUUGAGCCCGCGAGUAAAUGGAGCUUGGAGAUUUAUGUCAAUCACAAGAUCAACAAUAGGUCAGAAUACAGUUUUGAUCAAGUUAAAGAACUUUUUGUUGCAAAUUUAAAACAGAUCCAUGAGCUAAGAGCAACACCACUAGCUAUUCGUUCUUUAUGUGAUGAAUACAUUAAAUGGUUGGAGACGUGGAAAGGUAUAGCCGUUACGGAAGCAUGUCGAAAAUAUUAUAAUGCCCAGAAACAAUAUGAUCGAAAACGUAAAUACAGGAAUGUCGUAGGAGAAACGAUAUCAGAACAGGCACAAGCUUAUGUGUUCGAUGAGCACUUGAACGCUGAGCAGAAACAAGAAGCUUUGAAGUCAUCGAAAGAUCAUGAACAAAGGUGUACAACACCGCCUCCCAGAAGAGUAAAAACAGACGAGGAACUCUUGAGCACACCCAAUAAACGAAUUGUGGAUCAUGAUAGUGUAGUCUUAUAUCUUGAAGCAAUGGGGAAUAAAAUCGUACAAAAUCAAGUAGUAAACCGAGAUCGGCUCCCGACCGGAUGGACAGAUGAUUUGUUUAAAUAUCUAGAUAACGCCUUUGAUAAACCUAGCUACGAAUUUAAAACGGCGAUCAUGGAACACAUAAAAAAUGAGCCAGAAAAUAAGUUCCGAUUGUAUUGUGAGAAGGUUUUGAUGGAUUUCUAUAAUCUUGUUGACAUCCGUUCAACACUUUCAAGAAAUAUCAAAGAAAGGAAAUAUAUUGUACAACACAUAUCAUCAUUGUUCAAAUUUUACGAAUCAACAUUUGAGACAAUGGUUUUUGAUUGGAUAGAGUCUCACUCACCAGCUACAAAAAUCUCAAAAUCAUCAACGAAUUCCGGAAUUGUAUUAGUAGAUGGAAGGGGUACUCGCGUCUUGGAUGAUAAGGAUAUGUGGCAUAUGGAAGUAGCAGGCCCACCGUCAGUUGCCUCAAAGAAGCACACAAUUAAUGACACAAUAAAAUCACUUCAUACGGAUUUGUUUAACUUAGUGGCUAUUUUAAUGGAACACCUCGACUGUCCUGUUGAGACCGCAACAAAAAUAAAGGUCUUGAGUUCACAGAUUAUUGGUUACCGAAUGACAUUAUACACUCUAAAUAUGUCAACUGAUGGUUCGUUCCAUUCAUCCGAACUGGCUUCUGCAGUCUUUCCAUUCUCUUUUGAUGCACGUGCAAAAUUUAAAGCAAUUUUUCGUUUGAUGUUCAUAUUUCAUGAUGAAAUUGUAGAACAAAUAUCAAUCAUGCAAAAUCUUGACAUGGAUAUUAAUUAUUAUCAAGGUCGAUUGGUUCGUGACGUCUUAGAUAUUCCCAAGGGUUUGAAAGAUCUCCUUCAGCAAGAUGAAUGA